GUAAAAGGGGUGUAAAAGAAUGUUGGCAGGCAGGGAUAGAAUAGAAGUGAGGUGAGGUGACAUCUCCCGGGGUGAAGUCCCUUUCUUUGAUUGCAGCACUAACUUCACUCACCAACCAACCUAAUUCCAUUCUCCAGUAGCAUUCACUCGGCUCGGGUACUUGUUUGAUCUUAUCUCUCUUUGCACACCACCUGCCUGUUUGUUUGUUUGUUUGUUUGUUUGUUUGUUUGUUUGAUGGAUGGUAUUCCUCGACUUUAAUUUAUGUAUUUCUAGCUGGGUGGGUUUUGGAUAAAAUUAAAAUAAAAAGUGGGAAUCGGAAUGCAGACCACCUGUUUGAUGAUGAUGAUGAUGAUGGUAUUGCUGCUUGUUAAUCUGGCUCUAGGAAGACCAGAACUGGAUUCGCUUUUGGGGAUUAAGAGGGGUAUCAUCAUCCAGGAUGGGAAGAAGGCUUUGGCUUUGGGCUCAUGGAAUCCCAAAUCUUUAGCCUCAAAUGGUUGCCCCCUUGAUUGGUACGGCAUUACGUGUAGCAGUGGCCAUGUCACUGCUCUCAUGCUUGAUGAUUUAGGUCUAGUUGGGAAUUUUUCAUUUGCCUUCAUUACAGGCCUUACCAUGUUACGUAAUUUAUCCAUAUCUGGCAACCGUUUUGAUGGGACUAUUACAAAUGAUACUGCUAAUAUUCUCAAACAGUUGAAGUAUCUGGAUUUGCAUUCUAAUAACUUUUCCGGAAAUGUGAUGGACCUUUUGUCGCACUUGGGUGGUGUGGUUUAUGUUGAUCUUAGCAGCAAUGCUUUCACUGGAACUCUAGACUUGGGACUAGGCUCAGACGAAUUUGUUUCUGCCAUCGAGUACUUAAAUGUAAGCCACAAUAGCCUUGGUGGAGAUCUGUUUUCCCAUGAUGGGAUGCCCUUCUUUGAUAACUUGGAGGCGUUUGAUGCAAGUCAUAAUCAGCUCGUGGGCACCGUUCCUUCUUUUAAUUUUAUGGUCUCUUUGCGGAUUCUAAGGCUCGGUAACAACAGGUUGUCAGGGUCCCUACCAGAAGCUCUUUUGCAGGAGACCUCAAUGGUCUUGUCAGAACUGGAUCUCAGCCUCAAUGAGCUUAAAGGCCCGGUGGACAGUAUAUCCUCUACAACUCUGAGGAGUCUUAACUUGUCAUCCAACAAGCUGACAGGCGUCUUGCCUCUUAUCAUUGGUCACUGUGCUGUCAUAGAUUUAAGUAACAAUUUGCUCUCCGGCAACUUAUCCAGAAUUCAAGGUUGGGGAAACUAUGUUGAGGAGAUUAAUCUCAGUUCAAAUUUGUUGACGGGAAGUUUUCCGAUCCAAACUAGUCAGUUUUUGAGGCUUACUUCGUUGAAGAUAUCCAAUAACUCAGUUGGAGGUGUUCUAUCUGGGGUUUUAGCCACCUACCCAGAAAUAAAAAGCAUUGAUUUUAGCCACAACCAGUUUACUGGUGCAAUCCUGCCUAGUCUUUUUAACGCAACAAGAUUGACUUAUCUAAACAUGUCUUUCAAUAACUUCAGUGGGACCAUACCUGUCCAAGAAAAUAACAACUCUGUAGCGAGCCUCCUCGAGUUUCUUGAUUUGUCACAUAAUUCACUAACUAAUCAUCUUCCUAGAGAAAUUGCAAAUUACCAGAAGUUGACCUUACUUGAUGUAUCUAACAAUUUUUUACAAGGUGGCAUCCCUGAUAAUCUUCCAGGUGCACUUAAGGUACUCAAUGUGUCUUAUAACAAUCUCUCUGGUGUCGUACCUGAAAACUUGAAGAAUUUUCCUGAUUCAGCUUUCCAUCCAGGAAAUGACCUGCUAAGGUUCCCAUUCUCACCAAAAGAUAUGAACACGGGUCACAGGCCUAAAAAAAGAUCAUACAUUGUGCCAGUCCUUAUUGCUGGAUUGAUAGGUGGUGUUUUUAGCUUAGCUUUAUUGACAUUCAUCGUGUGCUAUAGAACCCAAUCGAAACCAAGUGCUGAAAAACAACAAGAAAUCUCUUCGGUUCUUGCCACAUCAGCACCUAAUUCAUCGCCGAAGUUGUCAACUACAAUUGAGCAUCAUGACUUUGGGGCAAAGAGAAAAGCCGAAGAAGCAUUUCCACCUUCAUCCUCUCAUGAGGUGUGUUCUCCUGAUAAACUGAUUGGGGAACUUCAUCUUUUUCAUAGCUCGUUGGUGUUCGGUGCCCAAGAACUUUCAUCAGCCCCUGCAGAGAUGAUUGGCAGGAGUUGUCAUGGAACACUAUAUAAAGCUGUACUAGAAUCGGGUCAUGUUUUGGCUGUGAAAUGGUUGAAAGAAGGGAUUGCAAAAGGGAAGAAAGAAUUUGCAAGAGAAGUAACGAAACUUGGUAACAUUAAACACCCAAAUUUGGUCUCCCUGCAGGGUUAUUAUUGGGGUCCAAGAGAGUAUGAGAGGAUGCUUAUAUCAAAUUAUAUCGAUGCACCCUGUUUGUCUCUUUAUCUUAAUGAAGCUGAUGCCAAAAAUCUCCCUGUAUUGAAUCUUGAUGACAGAUACAGAAUUGCUGUAGAUAUAGCCGGUUGCCUAAGCUAUCUCCACAACGAGAGAGCUAUACCUCAUGGUAACCUGAAAUCUACCAACAUCUUGUUGGAACCUCCUGCCAUGAAACAACCCCUUUUGACGGAUUACAGCCUCCACCGCUUAAUGACAUCAUCUGGGACAGCCGAGCAGGUUCUCACUGCAGGUGCCCUUGGAUAUCGGCCGCCUGAGUUUUGCAGUACAAGCAAACCAUGCCCGUCCCUCAAAAGUGAUGUUUAUGCCUUUGGAGUGAUAUUACUCGAGUUGGUGACUGGAAAAUGUUCCGCAGAGAUGAUUCUGGGCAGCAGUGGAGAGGUGGUGGAUCUGACUGAGUGGGUGAGUUUGCUAUGUGUCGAAAACCGUUGUAUCGAGUGUGUCAACAGCCAGAUGCUGAAUAAUAGUUGUGACAAUAUGGUUAAAGUGGCUGAAGAUAUGAUUCAGGUGGCGCUUCGGUGUAUACUUCCAGCUGAUGAACGACCCGAUAUGAAAUCCGUCAUGGAUGAUCUUACACUCAUAGCUGCAUUGUAAUGUAAUGACGAGUGUAUCUUCUUCAAAUUGAAGCAGCUGUUGUAAACAAGUUUCUGUAUUGUAAGUUGUGAUUCAUGUUGUGAAGUUUGUAUUUUUUCCAAAUAAAUAUUAAAUCAUUCAUUUAGUUUCACUAAUGAAAUUAAUGUUCUCAAA